CAAAAGUUUCGACUCUCUUUGCAUCAUGUGAAGGCCUACUUUGUGUCUUCCCACCAAAGCCACGGACUAUCAUGAUUUGUAAUGAGAACAAUGGCUCUGAGUAAAAUGGAGGAUACGGGAGACUCUCUCGUCACAUCACUUCAGAGUAGCGAGGGAUGGGGUUUUGAGGGGGGAUCUUCCGGAGAUCACUCCAACGACAUCCGCCACAAGACGGGCUCAGUCGCCUUCCAAAAUGCCUUACACGAUCUGCAGAGGGAACAGGAGAGGUAUAAUGAGGAAGACGAAUCUGACAGUGGGAUCCAAGAUAACCCUGAUUCAUCUGCCGGGACGCAACCAACCACCAAGAAAUCAAUUCAGGAGACUUUGAGUUCACACUGGACCACUGGGUCAGCGCCACAUCCUCCAAUCGCGCCCAGGCCAAAACAAACGCAUCGUAAGUCCACGACGCGACGCCCCGAUUCCUUAAACGUCACUUCUUCUCAGGUUGCAGCUAGUCAUCCUAAACCAAAGUUGGAUCUGUCAUUCAGGGAAACGGCGAGCGAUGGCGGAUUCACCAAUAAGAGCCAUCUACCCAAACUCCGGAAAUCCCCCAAAUCACUCUCACAUGAAAACGUCACGACCAAGCCAGCCGGGAAAGUCACUGCUUCCCCGGCCACUUCGCCGAAACUCCUCCGUAGAAAAUCUCUUGGAGUUGUGAGUCCCUCAUCCGCUCGACGACGCUUCAGCGCGUACGACGAACCUAUGGGUUUAUUAUCCGAUAACUACACUCGUCGACUCCAGCGAGUGGGAGCUGCAACCCAUGCUUCCGUUCCCUCACCGAGUAGCACCAGUAGAUCCGAUCAAUCUAAUCUCCGACGGUACUCUUCUGUCAACCUGCCUCCAAUCGCCGGUGCGACUCAGCGGCGGCAUAGCAGUGUCAUCCCAGCCCUGGUUAGCCCCAAUGAGCCCGCCAGACACACGGGGCCCUUGUCUUCCAACAUCCUGGCUCACACCUUCGGCGGCCAAGGCGGUAGGGGAGCUUUAAGCAUGGCCAGGGAGCGCCGUGUCUCACAAGCAGUCGAUGAACUCUUGCAUAUAGAGGAGGUCAGACGGGCUAGCGAGAUGCGGAGUUUGGUGGCGUCUACUCAACCGGGACAGGCUGGGAGGGGUUCCCAGUCUCAUGACCUUGGCGACAUGCUGCAAGGACUGAAAGAUUGUAGGUACCUAAGAGGCUCUACCAACGAGGAGGAAUUUGUGUAAAUCGAAACGAGUAACAUUCACACGAAUAUGGGGUUAGACAUUGUCCAACAUAAAUGUUUAGAGGCCUCUCCAAUUAUGGACGCGUGCACAAACAUGCAUCAUGGUGCUUUUUGCCCACUUUCGAGAGCCCAUAUAGGGCGCGAAGUACUCACGAUUCUUUUUAGUCUAAAAGUUCACAAAACCAUAGCGUCUUC